AUGUCAGAUAAAUUUGUUCCAUAUCAUUUGCGUGAUAUUAACAAUCCUCCAGCUCAUCUUGAUAACAAUCAAAAAUUGAAUUGGAUACCAUUUGAUAUACCAACAGCAUUUUAUGAAAUUAUAUAUGUAAACAAAUAUACAACAACUGAAACAAUCCAAAAAUCAAUUAAUCAUGUACGAAAUUGUAAUGAAUUUACAUUUUAUACUAUAGGUGAAAAAUCAACCAAACAAUUAGCAUUAAUUCAAAUUCAAACAUUAUUUGAAUUAAUUUUUACAUUUAGAAAUAACAUAUAUUCUUGGGGACCAUUACGUAAGGAAAUUUAUCCAGCUAUUGUUUAUCAAUGGUUUGAAUGGCCAAUUAAAACAUCAGUGGUUAAUCUUCAACUUAAAUUUGCUGAUUGGUAUAGCUGGGCACUAUCUUAUUGCGAGAUGUGUAGCCUGUCAAAUCGUCGUAAUUUUAUUAUGAAUGAUAUUAAUUCUGAGGGACAAAUGAAUUUAUUAUCAAAAUGUACUUAUCAUAAAUCAAGUUCUUAUCGUCCCAAUGAACCAUGGACAUUACAGCAAGCUUUAAUUUAUACAAUUGGAAUGCUUAUUGACAAGUCAAUUAC